AUGGGCUUUGGCUCACACCACUCGCCGCAAUUCGGCACAACAGGCGUCGUCCUCAACGCCACCCCGACAGUCGUCAGCACCUUCUUCCAGCAUGUCUUCACCUGGCCGACACGGCAUAAGAGCCGCAAUGCCCCCUCCGGCUCUGAGAGUCCGACCAGCAUCGGCACCCUGCCCGCGAACCAGAUGUCGUAUGACCAGGGUCUGCACGUCGUCAAGCAGUUUCUGAACUAUGCCUCGGAACACGGCGUCGAGGAGCUCCAGGGCUUCAGCGCGCAGCCCCUGCCCAUCCCCCUUGUCAAGGUCCCGGACGAGAACAUCGAGCGUGCGACAGUCAUUCUGACAGAGCAACUCUCCAAGUAUGCCGACGGGAAGGGCCUCGAGCUCGUCGGUGGCAAGAAGUGGUGGCAGGUGCGCGGCCGCCCGUUAGAGGGCGAGUGGAUCGAGCACUACCAGCGGCGCAUGGAGCGCGAGGCGGCCAACGGCCAGCCCAACGGCACCGACCGUGCAGACAAGCGCAAGAGCUGGCGACACUCGACCCUUGGAUCGUUCACGUCGUCCCGCACCAAGCCGGUGCUGGACGGCAGCGGCGCCGAGGUCGACACCGACCGCGUCAUCAUGUAUAUCCACGUAUCCAUUCGUAAGCUGCCCGACACUGCAUGGAAGCUGACCUCCCAGCCGUGCGGAUUAUUGGAUUCGCUCGCUGCGUACCUGUACCUGAUCGAUCCGCCCGAGGGCAAGCCGAUCGACCCGGCGAACAUCAUUCUGAUGGGCGACUCUGCAGGUGGAGGGAUGUGUCUCUCGCUCCUCGUCGUGAUCCGCGAGAUGGGCCUCCCCAUGCCAGCAGCCGCAAGUUUGAUGUCCCCCUGGGUCGACCUCACGCAUUCGAUGCCGAGUAUCAACCAGUGGGACGGGGGAGACUACAUCCCGAACGUGGGAUUCCACUACCGGCCUAGUCUUGUCUGGCCCCCACUGCCGGUGCCCGACAACGGCGUGAUGGUAAAGUUAGCCGAUGGCACAGAAAAGGAGGUCGACGAUCAGAUUCAGCUGUACUGCCCCAACAAUCUGUUAACCCACCCUCUAGUCUCGCCCAUCAACAACGGCUCCCUCGGCGGUCUCUGCCCGCUGUACAUUGUAGGUCGCGACCAAUGGCUUGGACUAAUGCCAGACUGCCGGCUCAGCCGAACUGCUGCGAGACGAAGUGAUCUACGUCGCGCACAAGGCGGCCGACCCGCCCGCCUACCCGCCCAGCCCAGAGACACUGGCCGAGUAUCCCGAGCAAGCACCGCUCGUGGACGCCUACCCGCCGACGAAGGUGCACCUGCAGGUCUUCGAGGGCGCAUGUCACGUCGCGACGACGCUGGCUUGGACCCGGAGCGCAAAGUACAUCUUCCGCGGAACCGCCAACGCGGCGAGAGGAAGCGGCGGCAGCGUUCCGUCAUGGGCGGUGCCGAGGUCGCAGAGCCGCUGAGCAUGUCCCGUUCCGGCUCCGAGGGGGGUGUGACUCCGCAGCGCAGCACAUCCCUCGGCAUGACGCCCGCGGGCUCGGGUGCAACAGACGAGGAGCUCUCAGACGGCACGGCGAGCGAGCCCGAGUCGCCCUCUGCGACCUCGCCUUCCCGCCGCUAUUUCAGCCGGCACAAGCCCCUGGACCACAUGCAAGUGCGUGGCGUCGAGCCCCGUUCUUCAGCCCCAAUCGUCGCGGAGCGCGUGUCCACGCACGGCCGCAUCACGCCCAUGGAGCCAGACAGUGAAGUCCAGGCCCUAGACCCCAAGUUGCGCACCCGCGUCGGUCGCAUAAGGAGCGACGGACCGAUCGGGCGCUGGCUCGAGAAGCGGGCGCAGUGGGAUGCGCGCUGGCCCGACCGUCUCGCCAAGUAUCGCGACAUCCGCGCCCGCGACCGCGCCCAGGCCGAGAAACAGGGUUUCCUGACGGGCACACUGCAGGGCGAGCAUCCUCCCCCAAGUGCUUUGGCGGGGAUGGCGAACCCAGAGCUCGCGCGCAAGGUCGGCAAGUCCGUCGACGAGCCGACGAGCAAGACGACCGUGCCUGUGCUGCUGUGGAGCUCGCUCGCGAGCAAGCGCGACGCAGAGGCGGCCGAGAAGGACGAGAGGGACGAGAGGGACGAGAAGGACGAGAGCGAGAAAGAGGGGAAGGAGGGCGGGGGCACGCUCGCGCGCAUCAUUAGCGGAAAGCCCGCAAGGGACGAUGGCGGCUCGAGCCGCGCCGAGAGCGAGCGAGCCCUCGCCCGAGGCGUGGAGGACGAGGACCGCAAAAUGUCAACCGCGGGGCAGACCCUCGGCACAGUGGCGGCGGGCACUGCCGUCGUCACGUCCGUCGCGGCUGCCCCUGGCGCGCCAGCCGAGGUGGGCGAGGUGGCACCGCACACUCGAACUUCAUUAGAUGGAGAGAGGGGCGCGGCGCUGUCACGAGUCUCGACGAAUGCGAGCGAGUACGUCCUCGCCUCGGAGGUUGUGGACAGCACCCCCGAGGCGAAUGGGGAUGUGCGCGAGACGGUCGUCACGCAGACGAUUGCGCCGGCGGAUGCGUCUGCUUAUGACACCGUUGGUGUGAGCGGAGUGAGCGGAGCGCAUGCGACAGACUAUGCGACGGCUCCUGCUGCCUCCGAGAAGGCAGGCAGUGGCGAGCCUGAGCCCCAAUCACACCUCAGCGGGACGACUGCGACGCCCUCGGCCCUCCCCCCCGCCACCGCCACUUCCGCCGAGAAACCCCUGACCAACGGCACCGCCCCUGCUGAAGUUGUUGAGAAGACUCCGGCCGCUAAUGGCGUUGAUGGUGAUGAGAAGACCAACGGCGUCAACGGCACUGGCGAGAAGCUCACGACGACGGGGAAGAAGGGUGUCUCUGACGAGUACGUGGAUAUGCCUCGGAAGGGGGUUAUGGGCAAGCUGUGCUGCUAG